AGCCGGCCACGCUUCCCGGAGCUGGGGAGAACGAAAUUCCCGAGACGCUGCUCCGCGAGGUGGGAGGAGGCACCGCCCUGCCCGGGGAAGAGACGGCCGAGGAGCAGCUGUAGCUCUUCCCGGCACUGGCGGCAAGUCCCGCUGGCCGCCAGGCGGGACCCGUUUCCCUCCUGUUCCUGAGGGAGCUCCCUGCUCGGCGGCUGCAGGUGAGUUACGCCCGUCUCUCCCCGUCGCGGCAGCCCCUCGUUCCCUCAGUAAUCCCCCCUUCCCCUAUCCUCCCGCGGGGGAACCCCGGCCGCCCUCCCCGAGAGGAGCUUAGCCUGCUCCGCUGCGGAAAAGCCCUCUCCUCCACCCCGGCGCCUUUUCUGAAACGCUCUGUGGAGUUUUUACUUUGCAUUUAUGCCUUCUGGCGCCCGUAAAGCCCUCCUCACCCUUUGCCUGCCCUUCAACCCCUUUUUUUUGCAGGCAUCCGUCGGCACGGCGGGUGCGGGAGCGCUGCGGGAGGGGAAAGAGCCGGCGCCUCAGCACCGGCGUCCUCGUACUACUCCCUCACGCUGCAGAAACAGAUUGCCGCGGCAGCGCCAUCACUUACUGUUGAAUUUAGCGCGUUUUAUGACACACCCACACGCCUACACACACACCCACACCCCCCCAACCUUCCCUGCUAUCAGGGUGUCACUGCUUAACUACAGCGUAAAAGCUGCUGGUUUGACCUGAGCAAAAAUUACCGAGGUGAGGUACAUCGUGGGAUGAGGAUGCUGCUCCUGCCAGUGAUUAGGUUUAGUUUUAAUGUCUCCUGUUCAUGCUACUUCGAGAGGUGUUGACUUGCUCUGAAAUGCAAGCCCAGACCUUUAAAUCCAGCAUCAUAGAGAGAAAAAGUGUCACUCUUGCUUUCUUUUAAGAAGUUGAAAUCUGUUUUUUAAUCUCAAAACCGUUGGAGUAAAUGAGAAAACAUGGUAAGUUCCAGCGUGGUUCCUGCAUUCUUUGGAGUUUGACUGGUUUUUUUUGGCAUAACCUUUUAAUCUCUCUUUUCAUCUAAAUAUUGCAUGCCUGGACCAGUCCCUACUCCAGCGGAGUAAACCAAAUCCUAACAGCAUUACAAAUAGAUCAUGCCUGAAAACAUGGUAAGAUUGUUCUUCCUGUUGGAAUGAGUCAUGCCACCAUGCUAUGUGAUUCCUUCCCUACAAUGGUUAGCAUUUGCUUUCAGAUGGAACAGGAGUAGUCUUACACAGUUUGUUGAGUACUUCACAUUUUUAGACCCCAUUUUUUUUGUUUAAUUGCUUUUUUGUUUGGACUGCAGCCUUCAUGGGGCCAUGAAAUGAAUGUUUUCCUGUUUUGGCAAAGCUUUUUAGAAAACCAACAGCAUGCAUCAAAGAGCUUUCUAUUUAUCAAAAAAAAAAAAAAAAAAAAAAGGAUAAAGCUAUCCCUAAGUGAUCAAAUGAUUACAUGCCUAUCAGACCUUAAUUAUAGAAAUUCCUUUCUUCCAUGUGCAGCUUUUUAAACUUGUUGCUCACCCAUUAGAUCGUAAAGGCUUAUUAGGAGCUUUCAGUGUUUUAUAUAUACAGACUUAUUUUUUGUGCUAAGUGUAAUUGAAACUAUCUUUAAAACUGCUUGGGAGAAGAAGGCCUGAGUACAAGGACUGGAGGAAGGGUGCAUCCGCUUUAGAAUUUGGUGUCUCAGCUAUUCAUUUUUUUCAGAAUUCAGAAUUGUUGCAAAUUAAAUUUUCUAUAAGGUGUGAUGUUAUUUUAAAGAGGGAUAUAUUUAGGUGUAGGAUGCUUUGACAGAUGCUACUUUACCAACAUUCAAUAGAUUUCCGAUGGCUUGGUGCUGUUCCUUGUUUCAAGUAAAGCUGCCUCAGUUGGAUGUCAGCUCUGCAAGGUGAUUUUGCAAGGGAUGUCAUAUCGGGAACUGCAUUAAUCAGGAGAAUGGAGGCACGCUUCAGUGCAGAGGUUUUGUACAAAUCAUUGACUUAGGGCAUCCUAGCUCAUUUUGGCACUUACCUAGUUAUCUGUUUGCUUAAGAGAUAAAAACACCUCCAGAGGAUGAAUUAGUCCACCUAUGGUCUGGCUUACCUUCUAGGGGUGCCUCUUUCACGUUGGUGGCUGUGGAAGGGGUUUAUUAGGUUUUGACACCAAACACAGCAGUUAUGUUAGCGAACUUGUACUGUGUGGUAUAAACUUGAAUUGUGAUUACUACCCUCAGUCUGUCUAUGAAGCAGAGGGCAUGAGAACAUAGGAUGAAAGAUGUGAUAUAGUAGUAUUAUUACUGCACUUGCCUCUCUGACAGUCCGCUUCCACAUUUGGUUUAGGAAAACUGGUUCAGUCAGAAAUGUUUAUGAUUUGGUGUCCUACGUAAUACUCUGCUUUAAAUGGAUAAAGUCAUCUGCAUCCUAGCAGCUGAAAAAAAUUCUUUUCUUAGCCUGUGUACAGGCUCUCACUCAUUUGAGGAUGUGGAUUGCAACUGGCAGUUGUUUUAAAUAAGCAAAGCAAAGGGCACUGAGAAAGGAAAGUUGUAUGAAGUAUGAUUUGAAAUAUGUUGCUUUAGGAGGGUUGAUACAAAACAGAUUGACUCUGUGGUCAACUAAUUCUAGAUGUUCAUAGCAAGGGCUUUUGUUAUUUUUUUUUUUUUUAGUAUUCCAGGUACUGCAGCAGUAUGUGCACUGUAUAGCUCCAGCUCCCAGUCAAUGACUCCUGAAUACUGUGAGCCUGAUCUUGAAAUAGGUUUCAGUUGAAUUUUGGUGCUUUAAUGCCUUUGAAGAGAUGUUGUAUGAAAAGUUUAUCUUAGGCAUAUUUAACAGAUGAAUAAUGGGAUUUUCUUUUUCCUCUCAUCUACGGCGUCACAAAUGCAUUGGCCUGGAUGGGACUUCAGAGAUCAUCUAAGCCAGCCUUUAGCUCUGCAGGAGAAAUAGUUUACCUGGAGAUAUUUAUUUAGACUAUUCACAAACUACCUACUAAAGGAGAUUUCAUCUCUUCCCAAGUCUUGUGCAGGAAAAGGCGGACGAAUGAUGAAUCACCUCAUGCUUCUGGCAGUACUGCUUCUCCUGAGGACUUGCUACACUACAUACUCACAGCAAGAAUCCACUGUGUUUCCAGUAACAUACCUUAACAUUACCAAGGAUUUGGCUCUUCAGCGGCUACUGGUGGAAUGGGAUGUUGGCAAGCCAGCACAUGAUGCUGGGCUGGCAAUGUCUUUUGAAAUACAAGUCCGUCGAACAGAUGAAAAUACUACUGUGUGGACAGGGUUUCAUAAUGUGACACUUGGUAAAUCAGCAAAACCUCUUCAUUGGAUAUGGGAUUCAGACUUACCUUUGGAGUGUAUGUCACACUUGGUGAGAAUCAGGAGCAAAGCAGAAGUGUCAAAAAUCUGGAGUCAGUGGAGUCUGUGGGAGGCUGUCCUGGGCAUGGACACUUCAAAUAACAGUGAACCACAGAUCUUUCCAAAUGAAAAAAUUGUAGAGGAAGGCUCUGACAUUACUCUUUGUUGCAUUGGAAGAAAAGGUCGAAUCAUAAAGGAAUUCUUUCUAGUCCCAGCUGUUCAUGUUUUCAGUCACACAAACAGUCAAGUUGGACUUCUCACUGUGAAAAAUGUGUCACAUCAAGGGGUGCCUCACAUCAGUGUGUACUGUCAAGAGUCUUGCAAUGAAGAGCAAUGCUAUGCUCAUUCAGUUUUCUUUGUGGGUAAACAACCUGAUACACCUAAUGAUUUUUCCUGCCAAACUCAAGACAUGAGAAUAGUAACGUGUACUUGGAGCAAAGGAGGAGAGACCUAUCUUUAUGGACAUCGUUUACCAAAAUACACAUUGUUUGAAGAGUUUUCCCAAAAAAUGGUUCCAUGCACAGUAAGUUGUUCUGAGCAGUGCUCGUGUUCUUGGAAUAUAGGCCAGCAGAGGAUAUAUAAUAUCACAGUGACUGUGGAAAACCCACUGGGAAAGAAAACUGCCAUGGAUGUUUUUGAUGUAACUCACAGAAUUUAUCCUGCUGCACCUUUCCAGCUGUGGGAAGAAUGCACAGAUACAGAAAUCACAUUAUAUUGGAAACAUCGAAACAAAGGAAUUGAACUCUUUUGUCAGACUGAAGUGCUCCAACCCAAUGGGAAAGUAGAACUGCAUAAUAGUUCAGACACGCAUCUCCAUUAUGCCAGCAUCACCCUGGGUGGACUGCAGCCCUACACCGAAUACACAGUUAGGGUACGCUGUGGCGCAGCUAAGCAUUUCUGGAGGUGGAGUGAAUGGAGCGAAGCCCUGACCAUCAGAACAAAGGAAGCAACUCCAUCAGGGAAACUGGACAUUUGGAGGGAAAUUACACCAGUUCUGGGGGGCCGGAAUGUGACCUUGUUCUGGAAGCAAGCACCAAGUUUUCGAGCAAAUGGAAAAAGUGUUUCAUAUGAAGUAACCUGGGAAAAAGUAGAAGGUGGCUCUAAGCGUGAAAGUAUCUCCUUUUCACCAGUCCACAACAGCACAAGGAUUUCCAUUGAUAACGAUUCCUACAGAAUCAGUAUCAUGGCAAAGAACAAUGUUAAUUAUUCACUUCCUUCAGUAAUGAUCAUCCCUAGAGCUACAGGCACUGAAGAGCUUAAAGAAGAACAGGUCAAUGGUACAGAUGAUGGCAUUUUUAUUUCCUGGGAGCCCAGACAUACAUAUGACAGUUAUAUUAUCGAGUGGUGUAAAGUUCCGAUGUUGCAGCCAUGUGAUUUGCAGUGGAAGAGAUUUGGACCCAACAUUUCCAGUGCUCUGAUCAACUCAGCUGCUUUUGUUCCGGGGGUGAGAUACAACUUCCACGUCUAUGGAUCUGUUGCUAAUAGAGCCUCCUUACUGGAGAAGAAGACUGGUUAUCUCAGGGAGCUACCUCCUCUGCUUGACCCUAUUGUGGAAAAAGUUGAACUCACUUUGAAUGCGGUAACACUGUCUUGGGAUUCUUAUCCCACAGAUGAGUCACAACCUGGUUUUGUAAGAGGCUACCAUGUUUAUGUGUCGCCUAUACAAGAAGACUGCCUUUUGAAAGGAUCCAAAAAACAUGUUCUUCCAGAUGAUUCAGUGCUAUGUAAAUACACAAUUGAAGACCCAGAAGAAAAGAGAUACACCGUCAAACACCUGUUGUCAAACACAAAAUACAAACUAGCAGUUAAAGCAUACACAGGUGGAGGAGAGACUCCCAUUGUUAACUUCAUAUACAUAGAUACACCAUUUAACUCAAACUUAAUGUACCUUCUAGUCCUUCUAGUGAUAGUACCAGCAGUAAUAGCAGCUAUAUGCCACUGGAAGAUGAAAUGGGUGAAGGAGCGCUGCUGUCCUGUAAUACCUAGUCCUAGCAAGAGCAAAGUACUGUCAUUCAAAGCGUUUAAGAGCGGUUCUGAGAAAGUAUUGAAAUUAAGUGACUGCAUUCCUGACAUGCUAGCCGUGGACACUAAGGCCGAAGCCCAGAAAUUACAUCCAUGGAGCCAGUUGCCUUCAACACCAACAGAAAAUAAGACUGAUGAUGGUCACAAUUCUUCCCAGAUUUGCCCUGAUGAAAAAGAAGAGAGAGACUUUACACCUACACCUACAGCUCAGACUCAUACUUGCUUUGAAAAUUUUUCUUAUUCUUCUCAUCUUGCUGUUACAUUUGAUUCCUAUCAAAGACCGGAGAUGCUAGAAGCAAGCACGCCAGAAGUGUCAGUAGUGCUGUACCAGCCACACUACUACUUUGAUAUUUUUAAUGAAGAUGCUGCCUCAGCACCCAGAGAAACAGCUGGCAGAAAGGCCAGUCUGAGAUACAUUUCACAAACAGAUGUGCAUGCCUAGGGGAGAGGCUUUGGUGGACUCUUCUCCAUUGAGUCCAUCCAGUGUUUGGUUACACAAUAUAAAUAAGAAUUUCUAAAACCACAACAACUUCUCCUUUAGACGAAGGCUUCCACAAGCCCAGCUGCCCUACUUCUGUUAACACUGAAAAGCUCUUGCUUCAGGACUAGUUUAAAAAUACUGAGUUGUGCACAGGAAUGAUGCUUGCUAUGGUUUCAUCACAACUUACUGGCAUUAAAUGAGAUUUACAGGCUGUUUUGUGGCCUGUAUUAUGUAGGAGGUUAGAUCACAAUAGUUUCUCAUAGCCUGACACAAAAAACUACCAUAUUUUGCAGAGAUCAGAAAUUUAUUCAAGAAGUAGAGAAGCAAGUGUCUGCGCCACUGUGUGCUCUGGCUCCCCCAGCAGCUGUGGAUGGAGCGUUACCCAGCUUCGGAGCCUGCCUCAGCUCAGCGCCCCUCAGUGGAGCGGGUGGUAUUUUCUCUCUCACAUGGUGUGAGGAACCCAGAUGGAAGCGUUAACUGCAUUCAAUGUAGAGCAUUACAGAAAGAUUGGAAGGAACCCUCGGAGUGUAGCCUUUGCACCAAAAGCCAACCAUUGCCCUGCUUUUACUUCAUCUGUCUUCUAACUACUCGUGGUGGGUGAAAGCACAGAAAACAGACUGUUAUAGUCCAGGCCCCUGUUGGUGGCCGGUACUGUUACCCCGUCGGUGGGCUGCCACUCCCACUUCUAGUAACUGGGGCUCCUCACACUUCUGCCUUCUCUGCCUGGAAGACUGAAUAACCCUUUAAAAUCUUAAACAAAAUCCUCUUAACUAAACAAAAACACAGGGAGUUAAGUGGAGAGGAGUUAAGUGGAAGGCAACUGUUUUUCCAGCAGGGCAGCUGUUUGCAGUGGUGUUGCCACGGCAGCGUGUCUCAGCUUGAGUGCAUGAACUUUUUUUGGCAUUAACCCCUGCGCUUACGUAGCAAGCUCCAAAGAGCCAGGUAAGCAGGCAGGGUGGUCAGAUGGGUAGAUGGAUGAAUCCCUUUUUGUGAAGAACAUCAUAUUCAGGCUGCAUAUCAGCUAGAGCUUCAAACAAUAGUUUUGCAUGUAUUUAAAAAAAAAAAUAAUUAUUGCAACACUCAGAAUCCCAACUUUAGGCAGCGGUGAAUUUAGCCUUCCAUUUCGAUUUUUAAAAAUUGUACAUUUGUAAUGAAGCAGAAGUUGGAAUUGUUUCUGAAAAAAUCUCAUCGGAUUAACCUUAGUGCACAAGGAACCCUUUGGUUUUACCUGAUUAUGAUGCCAUCUGGAAUCUUUCACAAAAAACUUCAGCUUAAGAGCAUAGAAUAAGCAGUUCCCAAAAGCGAAAAAUGAAGUUUUUUGGGUUUUUUUUACAAUUUGAUAUUCAGCUGAUUUGUUAAAAUGCAGUUAGUCAUCUUCCCUAUGUUUAACUAGCUGAUCACACUUCUAAAAACUAAGCAACUGCAGGCAGAAAUGAGUUUUGAUACUGGAGUACCACAUCUAGGUUUUAUACUGCUGCUUACGGAUAGCGUUAUAAUGUCUAUGAGCUGCGCUGCAGCCGGAAGACCCACAAGACCGUAGGCAGACUUUGGCUGAGACAAGCAUUGAUUGUAGACAGAGGGAGAGCUCGUGGGGCAGGCAAAGGUGGAGCGCAGACCCUGUACUGAUGAAACUUCGUUGCCCGGAAGCAAGCAAACGCUUUACCAGGUACCAGACCGCUUGGCGAGGUGAUGAGAAGUUACCUCCUCUCUAUCUAUAAACCCUUCUGCUUGCUGGCUUUGGUGGGUGGAGUUUCAUGAAGCUACCUCUGUUUUAAAAGCACACAAACAGGAUUCCAAGGAGGAUAACAUCUUUGUGACAGUCUGGGCACUAGAACCGAAGGUUAGAAAAGUAUUUUCACAUGGGUGGGGAGGCAUGUAUGAUUUUUAUAUAUUUUUAAGUAUUUUUCCAUCUCCCAUUAAUGGUUGAAUGAGUUCAAAACUGUAAAAGUUCUAUCAUUUUUUUGUUUAUAAUUCAACUUUCACAGCUGCUGUUAAAAUGCUAGUACUUAAACCAUCACAUAAUGGAAAAUUAUUAAUUCUCAGUAUCAAUAUGCUAAAUUUUAAAAAUAAAAAUGGUGUACCAACUA